UUACACAAAUUGCGCAUGGCUCGUGUUCAAUUUUUAUCUUGCAAAAACAGGUGACUAUUUUUGCCUCUCUUCUCUUACAUAACUUUUUUUUUUAGAAAUACUAUGUCUCAGAGUGUAGCUAUUGUAGGAGGAGGUAUCUCUGGGUUAUCAGCUGCUUAUUAUUUAGCUCGGUUAGCACCCACGAGUACUAAAAUUACCUUGAUUGAAGGCAAGGAACGAGUCGGCGGUUGGAUAAAAAGUCAACGUGCCACUACGCCUUCCAUUCUGUUUGAAGGUGGAGCUCGUACAUUGCGACCUAAAGGCGAAACAGGAACGAUCCUAUUGGAAAUGAUUCAGCAUUUAAAACUGCAUGACGAGUUGGUAUGCGUACCUCAAACAGACGCGUCUGCGCAGCACCGAUAUAUAUAUUACAAUAAUGAAAUAAAUACACUUCCGAGCAACCUCUCUUCUGCCGUUUUCAAUAAACCACCGGUAAUGAAAUCGGUGCUAUUGGCUGGACUUUUAGAACCGUUUCGAAAGAGCCGUUUUGCAAAGGAUGGUACAGCCAAAGAUGGAAAAGAGGAUGAAUCCGUGUAUGAUUUUAUGCGACGUAGGUUCAAUGAAGAUACAGCGUUGAAUUUGAUGGGAGCAUUGACGCACGGUAUUUAUGCUGGAGAUAUCAAGACACUUUCUGUGCAAUCGACAUUUCGUAUGCUGUAUGAAGCAGAAAAGAAUUACGGCAGUGUGGUGGUGGGUAUGAUGAAGGGAGCAGGCAAUACUUCGAGUAUGCGAGAACGCGGGAUGGCUGUGCGUGCUCGAGCCCAUGAUCCAGACUGGUUUAGCAAGAUGGAAAAGAUGAAUCUGAUUGGCUUUAAAAAGGGGAUGGAAAGCUUACCACAGACAUUAUUGGGUUAUUUAAAAGAGUGUAACAAUGUAAAGAUUGUCACGCAAGAUCCUGUGCAAUCCAUUACUCAGCUGGACAAUGAAAGCAAGAUUAAAACACGUGGCGGUGAGGAGUUGUAUGCAGACCAUGUUAUCUCCACGAUUCCUUCUUUUAGUCUGGAUAGACUGAUAGAAGGUAAACUACCACACCUUUCACAUAACCCAAGUUGUGAUGUAGCGGUAGUGAAUCUUGCUUAUGAUGGGAAUACCCGAUUAGCCCAAGACGGCUUUGGAUUCCUUACACCGCAUCGUGACACAAACGGGGCCAAAAUACCUGUACCGGGCACUUUAGGUGUCAUUUUUGACUCAAACGUACUCAAGGAAGAAGAAGCACGGGUGACUGUAAUGAUGGGAGGUGCAGACUGGAAGGAUGCGUUCAAGGUGGGUAUUGAUCAAGUGACGGAAAAGGAAGCGUAUGAGAAAGCCAAGACGGUGAUGAGCGCCUUUUUAAAUAUACAAAAUGAGCCUAAAGCAUGGAUGGUCCAUUUACAGAAACAAUGUAUACCACAGUACUUGGUGGGACAUCAAAGCCGUAUGAGACAACUUCAUCAGGCAUUGACAGAGGUAUAUGGGCAUCGAUUGAGUGUUACCGGUGCCAGUUACAUGGGUGUCAGUGUUCCCGAUUGUAUCAAAAAUAGUCGUAUGCUGGUGGAAGAAUUACUUGUCUCGGGCGCUUUAGGUUCUCAAGAAAAGAUCGUGACAGGUCUUGGUAAAACAAUGACGGAUGAUUUGAAAGAUAGUAGAAGAUUAAGUAAAGGAAACUCCAGUGUCAUUAUGAUGGCGUAACAUUUUUUUAUUUUUAUUUUUUUAUUUAUUUUUUCUUUU